AUGAAUGUUCCUAAGAAACGUCGGAAGAUUGAUGCUCCUUCUAAUGGCCCUCCGAUGAGCGCCAUUGCAGCACGGCGUGCGAGAAUUGAAGCCAAAACCGAGCAUCCAGGGCCAAGCGUUGAUACUAAAACACCACAUCCAAAGCCAAUGUUGGCUGAAGUCGCUGAAGUCUCUCCAUCAGGCCCGGGUUCUUCGAUUUCUCAAAACCUUGGGAACAUUACUCAUCCCAGUGUCCGUACCAAUACCUUAGAUCAAAGACGUGCUCUAAAGAUCAAUGAUGGACAGGGUGACUUAGAUACAGAAUUAUCCGUAGAACUAUGGGAAGAUUCUCCUGAGCCGUCCCCAGAAAAGGCGACUAUUAUGCUUUCCACAUUUCGGCCUAGUAGAGAAUUGAAAAACUUCAAAGAAUUGAAAAAUGGCGAUUUGUUGAUCCGACUGGCUCCUGGUGAGCGACUGGUUAUUCUAGGGCAAUAUGAAAUGUUAGUAUUGAAAGGAGAGAUUACCUUCUUGGGUGCUACGAUAUCCGCAACUACCACUGUACACGCCAUAUACGCCCCGUCAUCGCACUCCCUGCCGGUGAUCCGAUGUCUAGGAACUGAAAUAUUCUCUGCCAGUGCCCAGAGGGCAUUUCUGCAGCCGCUUGUAUCUCCACCACAGUGGAAUGCUAUGCUUGCAAAUCUGGCUGACACAAGCCCCAGGAGCAAAUCUGUUAGCAUGCUUUGUGGCCCGAAAGCUUCUGGAAAAUCGACAUUUACGAAACUUUUGGCCAACAAGCUUCUCCUAGCGUCUUCGAAAUCACAAUCAAUAGGCGUGGCGAUCUUAGAUCUGGACCCUGGGCAGCCUGAAUUUUCAUUGCCCGGACAGCUGUCCCUGAUUCAUUUACGAGAACCGAACUUUGGACCCCCUUUUUCUCAUCCGCGAGCUUCAAAAAAGAGCAAUAUCAUCCGGUCUCAUGCGAUUGCUGCAGUCUCCCCUUCCAUGGACCCAAAUCUAUAUACUGCCUGUGCCAUUGACCUUUAUACGCAUUAUCGCAUUCUUGUCCAGAAAUUCCCAGAAUGUCCUUUGAUUAUCAACACCCCAGGCUGGGUUUUGGGCACCGGGCUGGAGAUUCUCGUAGAAUUAAUUUCUAAGAUACAUCCAACUGAAGUCAUCUACAUGUCUGAGGACGGACCUCGUGAAGUCGUUGAUAGCCUCAAAGAAUCUGCUGGCUCUACGCCCGUAUAUACCCUCCCGUCUCAGGCUAGUGAGUACACGACUAGGACAGCAGUACAUCUGAGAACCAUGCAAUACAUGUCGUAUCUUCACUUGAAUGCGAGUGUGAAUGAAGUCUUGUCCUGGAACAACGCGCCACUAACAUCAGUCCGGCCGUGGGAAAUUCAUUAUUUAGGCGACAAAGCUGGCUUAUUGGCAAUAAUAUGUUAUGGAGAGCAGCCAUCGGCGAACUUAUUAGCUGAGACAAUCAAUGGCACUUUGGUGUCAGUGGUCGUAGUUGACGAUAUGAAAGCAAUUCCGGGAUGGAAGACUAAAGAGGAGGACGUCCCUAAGGCCCAGGCCCAAGCUCAAGAUAAUGGUGGGAUGGGAGAUGAGAAUUAUGUGGCAUUCGAAGAUCACUCGGAAAUUGGGCUCUUUGACGUCGACGAACUUCAUCCCAUUUCACUUACGGAGCCACUAAUCAUACGGACGCAAGCCGAGAAACUACCUUACUUCAACCCCGAAAACGCCAUCUCCCUUAACCCCAGAUAUUCGCAAGCUCUGGGCUUAGCUCUCAUCCGCGGUAUCGAUGUUCCUCGGCGAAAGUUACAGAUUUUGACGUCCAUCGAACCUAGCGUUGUCGAGGAGAUCAAUCGGAUGGGGAAAAAUAUAGUACUCAUCAGUGGCAAGUUGGAUACACCUGGAUGGGCUUAUACAGAAGAGCUAGUACAACGUGAAGUGAUAGCAAAGCAGAACGGCGAUGAAGCAACGACUGAUGAUUUCGACAAGGAUAGAGAAGAGAUGGUGGAUGACAAUGCAGAUGUAGACGAUUCUUUCACAGAAACUCCUUGGGUACAGAGAUUACAGGGGUCCGAAGGAAGGGGAGUUGGAUCGAGAGUUUGGAGGGUGAGAAGAGACCUUGGAAAGAACGCCGAUACUGUAACGUAG